GCCGUCCGAACUUCUUCCGUCACCGUACAAAUGAUGUAACGUUCAUUUCCUGAUUAGUAAGGGUCACUCAUGAGUGCGGAGUUUGAGUUAAUUCCAGCUUAGAAAUUUACUUUUGGUAACUACAGUCCUCAGAUAAUAUUAAAGCUAUGUUGCGAACGCUGUGUCGGACAGGUGGAGCUAUUUUGCUGCAAGCUCAGCGGUCUGCACCGAGGCUGCUGGUCACACCGGUGCAACAGCGAUGGGCUUCCAGUUUACCCAUGAACACUGUGGUCCUCUUUGUGCCCCAACAGGAAGCUUGGGUGGUGGAAAGAAUGGGUCGCUUCCACCGCAUCCUGGAACCGGGUUUAAACUUCCUCAUCCCUCUACUUGACCGAAUUCGUUAUGUUCAAAGUCUCAAAGAAAUCGUGAUUGACGUCCCAGAACAGUCUGCGGUCUCUCUAGACAAUGUAACACUUCAGAUCGAUGGAGUUCUUUAUUUACGGAUCCUGGACCCUUUCAAGGCCAGCUAUGGCGUUGAGGAUCCAGAAUAUGCAGUCACACAGCUGGCUCAGACCACCAUGCGCUCUGAGCUGGGCAAACUAACGCUGGAUAAAGUUUUUCGGGAAAGAGAGUCUCUUAACUCCAACAUAGUUCACUCCAUCAACCAGGCAUCAGACGAGUGGGGAAUCCGCUGCCUCCGUUAUGAAAUCAAGGACAUCCACGUCCCGCCCCGCGUUAAAGAAUCUAUGCAGAUGCAGGUUGAAGCCGAGCGGAAGAAGAGAGCCACGGUGCUGGAGUCUGAAGGGACGAGGGAGGCAGCCAUAAACGUGGCGGAAGGUCGUAAACAAGCGCAGAUUCUGGCCUCGGAGGGAGAGAAGGCAGAGCAGAUCAAUAAAGCCGCCGGUGAGGCUCAAGCAGUUAUAGCCAAAGCUGAGGCCAAAGCAAAGGCCAUCCGGAUGCUCUCUGAUGCUCUGACUGAACAGAAUGGAAACGCUGCUGCAUCUUUAAGCGUGGCAGAACAGUACGUGUCUGCAUUUUCUAACCUCGCCAAACAGUCCAACACCAUCCUCCUUCCAUCCAACACGGGGGACAUCAGCGGCAUGGUUUCUCAGGCCAUGACCAUUUACAGCACGUUGUCAAAAACGAGCCAGAAACUAUCACCGGAAGAGUUGCAAGAAAAGACGGAGGAAGCUCACAGCCAUUUGGAAUCUUCUGAGGACCAGAGGACUCCCUGAAGGAAGUUAGAUUACCAAAAGAGAACGGAAGAAGGCAUCAUGGAGGCAUCUUUGCGUGAACACUUUUUUUUUUUUUUUUUUACAAAACCGACUGGUUAGAAAUGGAAAAGCCGCUAACCUUCUGCAGCUUUCAGUGGAGCCCAGUUUAUUGAGAUUCUCAUGGUUCAUUUUCAUUGUCUGUAAAAUAAAUGUCAUUUUUAGUGACUUGUGCAACUGAUAGGACUAAUGCAAAAACAAAAAAAACUGCUGGUCCCAUUAUUCAUUACACUUGCAGUUGUAGUAAACUCCUAAGUUGGGUUUGAUGUGUUUUUCUUUUUUUCUGACGGUUUUUGAACAAUAAGUGUGUGCAUUUUAGCUAGUUUACCUCAGGAAGCCACUUGGUUUACACAGAUCUUAGUGACAUGAUUGAUUCUUGCAUAAUUUCAACACAAGUGGGACCACCCAGUGCUGCUUUGGGUCAUGCUUGACAAUAGUUAAAGCCCUAAACAUUGUCUUAAGUUCACAUUUUGACCCUAUUCUAUUAAUAUAAAAAGUAUAUUUUAUGCAAGGUAAUUUUGAAAGUAUUGGAUUUGGAAGGACAUCCCAAAUAAAUCUAUUUAUUUUGGGUCUCAGUAUUUUGAAAUGCUGUCAAAUUCUGAGGAAUUACUACAUCGGAAUGCUGAAUUAAAAGCACAAAACCUC